AACAUCUUUACGACACUCAAAGUAAACACAAACUGCUUUACAGCAGCACUAAACAUGGUGUCCCAAUUUAGCGGUGUUUUGCAGUUGACAGAUCUAGAUGAUUUUAUCACUCCUUCCCAGGAAUGUGUGAAACCAGUCAAGGUGGAGAAGAAGCAAGGCAGAUCUGUGGCUAAAAUUCAAAUAGAAGAUGAUGGGAGCUAUUUCCAGGUUAAACAGGAUGGUGGAAAGCAGAAGCUGGAGAAAGCUAAGAUCACUCUGAAUGACUGCCUGGCCUGCAGUGGCUGCAUCACCUCAGCUGAGAGUGUCCUUAUCACACAGCAGAGUCAUGAAGAGAUUUACAGGGUGCUACACAACAACAAGCAGGCAGGUGUAGCAGAGCAGAAGGUGGUGGUGGUGUCUGUGUCCCCACAGUCCAGAGCCUCCCUGGCAGCACGCUACGGCCUGAGCAGCAGUGAGGCAGGCAGGAGGCUCACCGCCUUCUUCAAGGGUCUGGGGGUUCACCACGUGUUUGACACCAGCUUCAGCAGGACCUUCAGCCUGUUGGAGAGUCAGAGAGAGUUUGUGGAGCGGUUCCAUCGGAAGGAGCAAGACAAGCAGGCCCUGCCCAUGCUGGCCUCUGCCUGCCCAGGUUGGAUCUGCUAUGCAGAGAAAACCCAUGGAGAGUUCAUCCUGCCCUACGUCAGCUCCACCCGCUCCCCACAGCAGAUGAUGGGCUCUCUGGUGAAGGGCUUCUUCGCUGGCCAGCAGGGCCUGAACCCACAGCAGAUCUACCAUGUGACUGUGAUGCCCUGCUAUGAUAAGAAACUGGAGGCCUCCAGGCCUGACUUCUACCUGGAGGAGGCUGACACCAGAGAGGUGGACUGUGUCAUCACUUCAGGAGAAGUUCUGAAGAUGCUAGAGGAAGAGAAAGUGUUGCUCAGCGAUGUGGAGCCAGCCCCAUUAGAUACAAUGUUCAGCAGUGUGUGUGGUGAUGAGUUGCUGGGCCAUGCAGGGAGCGGUUCAGGAGGAUACCUCCAUCACGUGUUCACACACGCUGCCAGACAGCUGUUUGGAGAGGAGGUGAAGGAGCUCACCUACAAGACACUCAAGAACAAGGACUUCCAGGAGGUGACCCUGGAAAGGGACGGUGUGGUCGUGCUGCGUUUCGCCGCAACCUACGGUUUCCGCAACAUCCAGAACCUGGUGCAGAAACUCAAGAGGGGAAAGUCACCCUACCACUUCGUAGAGGUCAUGGCCUGUCCGUCAGGUUGUCUGAAUGGAGGAGGCCAGGUGAAGCCCUUACCAGAGCAGAACAACAAGGAGUUGCUGCAGCAGGUGGAGGAUCUGUACAAGGAGGAGCGCCCUCUAGUGCCAGAGGAGGACCAGCACGUGGCAGAGCUUUACCAGUCCUGGCUACAGAGUGUAGGAGAGGAGAGAGCCAGGGAGCUGCUGCACACACAGUACCAUGCAGUGGACAAGGCCACCAACGGACUCCUUGUCAAAUGGUGAAGAAGAGGGUGAAAGGAUGUUGAAGGGUUUAUGUAAGUGAAUGGUCUGUGCUGAAGUGUCAGGGUGCAUCUCAAGUGUCUAAAGUAGCCCUCUCUGUUUCAUCUCCAUUGAGUUUAACACAGGUUAGGUGGAAGCAACAUGGCCGGUUCUUGUUGGGUAUUUUCUGUCACCUGUCUUAGUUGUUUAAUAUCAGUAGAAAUAAAGAAUGAUG